GAAGAGGGGGAUUGAAGAUGCCCAAGCAGGCGGCGGUGGCGGUGACGCUGGCCGCCCUGCUGGGGGUUGCGGUGGGUGGCCUGGCCUUGUGGAGGGCAGCUCAGCGGCGGAGAGGAAAAUCGUGCUGUAGCAGCCAGCGAGGAGAAGCGAUCAGAAACCCGGGAGAUGAGGAACUGACUGAGGCCGAGGAUAAGGAGGUGCUUUCCUUCUUCGGAUCUCCCACCUUGUCCCGGGUGGAGAGGAUCCUUGGUGCGGACAUAGUGAUAGUUUCAGAGCAGGAGGAGUGGCGGCGUGUUGAACCGUUGCUGAGGAAAGAGCUGGGGAAGUGGCCGGUGCUUGGAAUUGACUGUGAAUGGGUAUCUGUGGAAGGAAAAGCAAAUCCUGUAUCCCUCCUACAGAUGGCUUCUUCCAGCGGCCUUUGCGUUCUUAUUCGGUUGCCCAGGCUUGUUGCCAAUGGACAGACUAUCCCAAAGACUCUACUGAACAUCAUGGCAGAUAGUACUGUUCUGAAAGUUGGGGUAGGAUGCUGGGAAGAUGCUUGCAAGUUACUUCAGGAUUACGGCUUUCCAGUCAAAGGGAAUGUGGAUCUACGCUAUUUAGCUAUGAGACAGCGGAAGGAUCUACUUCACAACUGCCUUAGCCUUAAGUCUUUAGCUGAAAAAGUCCUGAACUGCCCACUUGACAAGUCUCCUCAUGUGCGUUGCAGCAACUGGGAGGCAGAAGAACUGACACAAGAUCAGGUCCUCUAUGCUGCUAAGGAUGCCCAGGUCUCGGUGGCUCUGUUCCUCCAUUUGCUGGGAUUUGCCUGCCUCCCUGCUACAUCUGAAGGUGAAAACUCUGUUGCUGCUUGGGAAAAAGUACUGCGUAGGUGCCAGGGGUUAGUGGAUAUUCCAUUUCGAGGAAGAAGGAGCAGCAGCACAGGAGAUGAGAAGAGUGGAGAGGCAGGCUCCCCGCAGAAAACAAAGAAUCGGAAAUCUGCCAUGAGCAGCCAGCCCUCUGGCAGUCAGCAAGUGAGGGAUCCUCGAAGGCAGAAGCGAAAGCCUCUGGGUGUGGGAUAUUCUGCAAGAAAAUCUCCGCUGUAUGACAACUGCUUCCUGCAUGCACCAGAUGGACAGCCUCUGUGCACUUGUGAUCGCAAGAAGGCUCAGUGGUAUUUGGACAAGGGGAUUGGAGAGCUGGUUAGCACAGACCCGUUUGUUGUGAAGCUGCAGUUUGAGCCUUCAGGACGUCCUGAGUCUCAAGUUGAUUAUUAUCUGACCGUCAAGGAGAACCUGUGUGUUGUAUGUGGCAAGCGAGAGUCCUAUAUCCGGAAGAACAUUGUUCCUCACGAAUACCGGAGACACUUUCCCAUCCAGAUGAAGGACCACAACUCCCAUGAUGUGCUCCUGCUCUGCACGUCCUGCCAUGCUGUCUCCAAUUACUAUGACAACCAUCUGAAGCAGCAGCUGGCUGAAGAGUUUGGUGCCCCCAUUGGCUCUGAAGAAGGAGUGCGUCUGCUGGAGGACCCUCUGCGCAGGCAGGUGCGCUCAGGAGCUCGAGCCCUGCUGAAUGCAGACAGCCUGCCUGACCCCCGAAGGGCAGAACUUCUGCAAGGCAUUAAGGACUUCUUUAACACGGAGGCAGUGACCCCAGAGAUGCUCCAGGAAGCAGCUGGUCUGGAAACCAGGAUUUGCAAUGAGAGCUAUAUACCACAUGGGCUGAAGGUGGUGCAGUGUUUUGCUAAAGGAGGCCUGCGCUCUCUCAUGCAGUUGGAAAGACGCUGGCGGCAGCAUUUCUUGGACAGCAUGCAGCCCAAGUACCUACCAGAGCAGUGGUCAGUGGACCAUAACCACGGGAAGCUGAUCCGAAAGUAUGGGGAGGAUCUUCAGAUUGAGCUGUCAUGAGACUAACUCCCUGGAGAGACUCCAGAUGGUAUCUAACAGACACGUGUAACCAGAGGUUCUGAAGGUGGAAGGACUAUUUUUAUUUCUGUUUCUCCACUAAAAUCUGGGCCUGGGUUUGUGCACUGGCUCUUCCAGGUUUGGCAUUUAUAAAGAGUUAAAUCCUUGAAUUGAAUUUUAUAGGUGGUUUAGAAUUUUUAAUCCCAGACUGAAUGUGUGACUUGCCACGACUUUUUCCUGUGUGCAUGGGGCUGACAGGAGCCUGUAUGUCCAGGCAGAGAUGCCUCUGUCACUGACUAUUUCAGUGCCAGAGUGUAAUACUAAGGAGACUUUUCUUCUCGAAGUAACUGUGGAGAGUUGCUUUCUACUCUCCCAGGACAUCAGAUGCCUCCAGACCAUCUCUUUAACUCAUAGCACAAUAUGUGAACCUUUCCAGGUUUUCCAAGGAUCCCUUGGCUGUACCAGGAGAGUCUCCUGAGGUCUCCUGAUUAAGUCUCCUUUCUUUGCUUUUGGUGCAGUUGGAUUCAUAUGAGUUCCUGGAGAAGAACUACUGCCAGAGAGAUUCCUUGUUUGGAAGUGGCAAAGAAACCUUACCUGUUUUUGCAGACUCUGAGCAGGAACGGCAUUGCGGAUAGGCCGCUGAGUUUUCUUGAUAGUGGCUGCCGUAUAAGAAAUGACACUAUUUGACUCUGGCAGUAUAGGAGCACCCAUGUCAAGUUUCUUACUUUUUAAAACUGGUUCUAGCAUCACACUGUUUCUAAAAAUGUUCUUUCCCAAUUCUGCUUGUUUAUAAUGAAUAGUCUGUGGCAGGUACCUUUUCACAUCAGAGUGAAACGGAGUCAGAUGUCUUAAAAGGGAUGAGAGGAAAUAAAAUUUUACUUGAAGACCAGCAUCUUUUAAGAGGACAGAGUACAUGUGACAGGAAGCUGGGACUCCAGUGUUCUGUUCCUGAGUCUGACUUGUCUGGUAGUGAGCAGGUCAUACUCUCUCCAUGCCUGUUUCCCUAUCUCUAAAGUGGGACUAAUAACACUUAGCUACCUCACAAAGGUUUCGUGAGGACUAAUUCAUUCAUGUUUUUGUAAAAUGCUUUGAAAAUAUAAGCCAGUGUGUGCUAAUUAUUACUGUUUUCUAAAUGUACUUCUGCCUGACUUCUCUUAAAUAUUUAUGAUCUUUGUCUGGUGCUAGACUUCAGUUAAUAUAACUUUUUAAAAAUAAAUGGCCCUUUCUGUGAAACUAAUUUUGAUGACUUUAAUUGUAUUAGAUGACUCUCUUUCCCCUGAAUGAUGAAGCUAUGCCUAAGUUGUAAAGGUCUUUUUAAAGAAGUUUCAGUAAAAUCUUUAUCCUCCUUGUAUCCUACUAGCAUGUACAGUGCAGUUGAUGCAUAUUUCAUAAUAACAUUUGGCCAGAAUCCUGGCCUUCCUGUGA